AUGUCCUUAAUCAAUCUAACAAAUAAUGAUACUGCUAAUAUUUAUCCAUUAUGGUAUUUUCUAAAUGAUUCAUUAAUGAUUAUUGGAAAUAUUAUUGGUAUAUCUGUUGCAAUCCUUUUUAUAUUUACAAUUAUACGUCUUGAUCAUCCAUCUUAUUCAAUAUCAAAUUUAAUUGUAUGUAAUACUAGUUUAGCUAUUGGUUUAUCUAGUAUAAUUAUGUUAAUAAAUGCAUGUUAUGCAUUAAAAAGUGAUUUUAAUGGUACAGGUUAUAUUGAUUCAUCUUGUAUUUUACGUGGAGCAUUUUUAAAUAUAUUCUAUAUCUAUAUGUAUGCAUCAUUAUGUUUAAAAGCAUUUAAUCGAUGUCGAUGUAUUGUUUAUUAUACCAAUCCAAUAUUAACAUCCUAUCGAUGUUUAACAAUUAUAAUUUUAUUACAAUUGUUAUUAGCCGUAUGUAUAACAUUAAUCAUAGUAUUAACAAAUGGAAUUGAUUAUGAUGUAGGUUCACAUUUAUGUUUAAUAACAAUUAAAAAAUCUUAUCAAUUUAUAUUUACGAUGACGAUUUAUUAUAUAUCGAUAUUAUUUAUAUCAAGUGUUUAUCUUUACAUACUUUAUUAUGUUUCACAUCUACCUUUAUUAGAACGAUGUCGUCGAAAACGUCAAUUAGCUCUUCUUCGACGAAUACUUAUUCUUCUUAUUAUGCUUAUUAUACCGGGAUUGUUUUCAACAUUUUUAAUUAUACAUUGGUUUUUUUUUGGUUCAAUUCCAUCAUAUUCAUUUAAAAUUCGUAGUUUACUUGAUACAAUUGGAUAUACAGGUUCGAUAAUAACAAUAUUUAUAUCACAUACGAAAAUUCGUGAUCAAUAUUAUCCUAGAAAAAAAUUACCAGUUAAUAAACUUGUACUUAAAAAAUGCGAAUUGAUUGUAUUAAAAGAACCAUUACGUUCACAAAAUAAACUUGUCUAUAUAUAA